CAUUGCCAAGGGGAAAAAUAUGCCGCCCCGUUCUCAUUCCAUUGCGAUCCUUCUCCUUUUUCAUGAUAUUGAGCGGUACUCUCAAGUCUCAACUCCCACCCGAAGCUUCUAGGUCUCUCUACCUCUCUCCCUUCCUCUCUGCUCCGACUUUGGAUUCCAAUGGAUGCUACAAAGUCGAAUGCUGCUGUCCUGGCAUGUACCGAUGAUGUUGUCCUUCCUGUCAGUGCUGUGUUUGACUCGAUUGGAGAAAUUGGAAAUGGAGGGGUUGAACACUAUGAUCCUCUAGUUCUCACACGUGCAUCGUCUCUAAGCAAGUUGCCAGUAGAAUCUUCCUCUAUGGACAUUGUAAUUUUAAUCUGGCAAUCUCUUGAUUGUCCUUCUGAUCAAUUGGUUCAAGAAAUCCUGAGAGUGUUAAAAGUAGGAGGGUCAACUCUUAUUCGCAAGCCUUCUCAGCCUGCUUUGGGUCCAGUCGAUAAGAUGAUGUCUGAUCUUGAGCACAAGUUAUUGUUGGCAGGGUUUUCAGAAACACAAAUUUUUCAAUUAAAUUCAACUAUCUCAUCACAAAUCAAGCCUUCUGGGAUUAAAGCAAAAAAGCCAUCAUGGAAAAUUGGAUCUUCUUUUGCCAUAAAAAGGGCGGUCAAGACUCCACCUAAAGUGCAAACUGAUGAUGAUUCAGACCUUAUAGAUGAAGAUAGUCUUUUGACUGAAGAGGAUUUAAAGAAACCGCAACUGUCAACUGGUGAUUGUGAAGUUGGAAGUACGAGAAAAGCGUGCAGAAACUGCACUUGUGGGAGGGCUGAAGAAGAAGAGAAAGUAUUGAAGUUAGGAUUGACUGCAGAACAGAUCAGUAAUCCUCAAUCAGCUUGUGGCAAUUGUGGUUUAGGGGAUGCUUUCAGGUGCAGCACCUGCCCUUACAAGGGUCUUCCGCCAUUCAAAUUGGGUGAAAAGGUCACAUUGACCGGUAACUUCCUUGCGGCUGACAUAUAAUUGGUAUUGUGAUAAUUUUUGUUACGGUGGGCAUAUAUAAUGACUGCCACUUGUGAUUGAGGGGAAGGCUUAAGCGCUUUGUUUAGACGACAUAGUUUUAUCAGUUUACAUUUUGAACAUUGAGAGACCCUAGUUGUUUCCUCAGCAUUGUAGAGCUUUAAUGCCAUCCUUGCCUCUUAUAAAGAUAUAUUUUCCAGGCCACUUUGCGUGGAUUGUGUAGCUUUAAAUUCUAUGGAAUUUCAUGUACGAGGAGUCUGUAAUAAUGCGGGCUCUCUUCCUGAUCUUGUAUUAUCCUUUUCAUUGUACCGAGUCAGACUGGUUGAUUGGUCUAAAUAAUAAUCAGCUGACGAUUAAUGAUGUUCUAGAUAAUUAUUUUUGGCA